AAUUCCAAUUUUCCUUAUAAAACAAGAACACUCGCUCCCGCUGUUUCUCUCAGAAAAACUAAAAAUGGGAGGUGGCGAAGCAGCUGAGGCAGACACCGGAAUCCGGCGAAGAGGCUGUUCUUGUACGAAGAACGAUUUUCUUCCAGAAGAAUCAUUUCAAAGCUGGGGAAAUUACAUGAAAGCUCUUAGCGAAACUCCAAUGCGAUUCAAGGAUCGGUUAUUGACCAGAUCCAUGGACUCCACGGAGCUGCAUGAAAUAAAGGCUCGAAGCGAGCAUGAUAUGAAGAAGGACCUUACUUGGUGGGACUUAAUCUGGUUUGGCAUAGGGGUUGUAAUCGGGUCAGGUAUAUUUGUUCUAACCGGACUUGAGGCACGUGACCACGCCGGACCUGCUAUUCUGUUAUCUUAUGUGAUUUCGGGUGUUUCUGCUAUGCUCUCUGUGUUUUGCUAUACUGAGUUUGCAGUGGAAAUUCCAGUUGCAGGUGGAUCAUUCGCUUACCUAAGAGUAGAGCUAGGUGACUUUGUAGCCUUCAUUGCCGCCGGAAACAUCCGAAACAUCCUCCUAAGCUUGAUCCUGACGCUGCAUUUUCCUGUGGCAUUUGAAUAUGUGGGGUUGAGUUGGGGGCAUAAAUAUAUAGCUCGCUCUUGGUGCCUUAACAGGUAUCGACCUACUGCUUUCUUGUCGGAGCUGUUGGUCCAAGCUCGAACACCAGUAAAUGCUACUAUUGUGAUGAUUACAGCAACCGCCAUUGUUGCUUUCUUUACUAAAAUGGAUAUUUUAGCUAAUCUUCUCUCUAUUUCUACCUUGUUUAUUUUCACUCUGGUGGCUGUUGCUCUUCUUGUUCGUCGUUACUAUGUUACUGGAGUCACUGCGCCUGUAAAUCGAGUUAAGCUAGUGGUAUGUAUAUUAUUAAUUCUUGCUUCUUCUAUUGCUACUGCUAUUAUCUGGGCUGAAAAUGGAGAUGGUUGGAUUGGAUAUGUUAUUACUAUACCCAUUUGGUUUUUGGCUACUUUAGGGCUUAAGAUUUUUGUUCCACAAGCCAAGGAUCCAAAACUAUGGGGUGUUCCAUUUGUGCCAUGGUUGCCUUCUGCUUCAAUUCUUAUUAAUAUUUUUCUUCUAGGGUCUAUAGACGGUUUGUCGUUUGCUAGGUUUGGUGUAUGGACUGGCGUUUUGUUGAUAUAUUAUUUGUUAUUUGGAUUACAUGCCUCUUAUGACAUUGCUAAGGAGUCAGGAGAGAAUAGGGUUGCAGAUGGGUGGAAGAAAAUGGAAGAAGGUGUUGUUGUGUCUUCACAGUCUGCUGUUGGAGAUGUUAAGGGUUUUACUAAUGAUUCUAUAAAUCCUAGCCAGUAAGGAAUUAUUUUUUAUAUAUUAUGAUUGUUUGUAUAUUUUUUUUUUCACUUUUGCCAAUGUAGUUUGUGUUAAUAAAUGAAAAUAUGAAAUAUAAGUUAAUUUA